GGCUUUGGUCACAAGCUGGAGACUUUGACCUCGGAUGGGGUGCAUCCGUUCGAGGCCGCGUUCGAUGACGCAAACCGCAUUUCAAGUCAGCGGAAUACUGUGCCCCCUUGUGUCUGGAAGCUCCAGCGCUGUCUAAACGUCGGGAGUGAGCGGCGGCUUCGCGAGGCGAUCGACGAGAUGAAUGGCUUGCUAUUGGUACUCAUCUCGAGUGCG